AUGCGAAAGACCAUUACCGGAGGCGUCAUUCUGGAGGUCCUGGAGGACCAGGAGAGGGAGAAGGCCGCUGCGCUCGCAGCACGGCUGACCCGGGCCUUAGGUUCGAACAAGGACUGCGUGGCGACACCCUUCCGAGCCGCGGAAGCAAGGGUGACUAAGAUAGACAUGUCGGCCACUAAGGAAAAAAUCAAGAACACCCUGGCGAAGGAGAGCGGUUGCAAGCCGGAGGACGUCCGAUUGGGAGAAAUCCGCCCCACCCGAAACGGCCUUGGAUUUGUGUGGAUACGAGGCCCGGCCGGUGCAGUGAGGAUACUGGCCCAGGCUAGCAAAGUCGCCAUAGGUUGGUCGACAGCGAAGGUCGAAAUCAUCGAGCGCAGACCUUUAGAGUGUUACAGGUGCCUGGAGAUUGGGCACGUAAGCAAGACCUGCACCUCCAAGGAGGACAAGGGGCACCUAUGCUAUAGAUGCGGCAAACCAGGACACCAAGCGAAAGCAUGCAAGGCCGCGAGCCCGAAAUGCCUGCUCUGCGAGGCGCUUGGAGCACCAACUUUACACAGGAUGGGUGGAUCGGCCUGCGCCCCCCCCCCCCCCCCCCCCAAGAAAGGAACAAGAGGAGCCACCCGCGGAUCCACAGCCGCGAGUGACAACGAGAAAGGCUCGCCGCCGCAAGGCGACCCUAAGCCAGUGAACAAAGAAUCUGGCACGGAGGAAGCCAUGGAAGUGACGGCACUAGGUGACUGA